ACCAGACCCCAACUAUAUAUUUAAAACCCCUCUCUUGAAUCUCGUUCAUCCUUCAUCUCAAAGCCAUCAAACUCUCAAGCAAUUUCAUUCCUCGCUAGGGUGAUUUUGCUUGGUCAUCUCAAGCACCAGCUACCUAGGCAAAUUACAUAUAUAGCUCGAAACCAUGGCAAUCUCAUCGUUGGUGAUCCAUAACCCGAUUCCGGUCGCUCGAUUAUCCGGUGGUACGAAUCGGGUGGGCAUAAUUCGGUCCCACCGCAGUGUAGCUUUUGAUGUUCAUCCACAGUCGAAACCAUCGAAUGGGAUGGCUGCAUCGCCCCUGAACCACCUCCACCUCCAUACCGAAGCACCACCUAGAACCGAUUUUGUCGACUCCUCUACCAGCCAUUUAUGUCGCUAUGAAGAAAUGCUAUCUGUGCCGCCAAAGUCCCCCAGAGAAGUAAUAGCCAGUAAAUGGCAUGAGAUACAUGGUUCGACGGAGUGGGAGAAUCUCCUUGACCCUCUUCACCCGUGGCUGCGACGAGAGAUCAUCAAGUAUGGGGAGUUUGCGCAGGCAGCCUAUGAUGCGUUCGACUUCGAUCGGUUCUCAGAGCACUGUGGAAGCUGCAAGUACAACAAAUGUAAAUUUUUUGACUCGCUCGGCCUGAUCCACAAUGGCUAUGAGGUUACUGAGUACAUCCACGCGAUGUCCCACCUGCACAUGCCGAGAUGGCUCGAGCGAUCCCAUCUGGUGAACACGUGGAGCAAGGAUUCGAACUGGAUAGGGUUCGUGGCUGUGAGCAACAAUGAGGAGACAGAGAGGAUUGGACGCAGGGACAUCGUGGUCACCUGGCGAGGGACAAUGGCUCCAUCAGAGUGGUACGACAACUUGCAAAGGGAGUUAGAGCCUUUCGGGCAUGGAGAGGCUAGGGUUGAGCAUGGGUUCUGGAGCAUAUACACUUCUAAGAGCGCCUCGACGAGGUACAACAAGUGCAGCGCAUCCGAGCAAGCAAUGAGGGAGAUUACAAGACUCGUCAAGCAAUAUCAAACCAGAGGAGAAGAAGUGAGCCUUACGAUAACUGGCCACAGCCUAGGUGGUGCACUGGCUCUCUUUAACGCUUAUGAAGCUGCACAAUCAAUCCCGGGGGUCCACAUCAGCGUCAUUUCAUUUGCAAGCCCCAGGGUCGGUAAUGCCGCCUUCAGGGAUGAGCUCCACCAUCUGGGCAUCAAGAUCCUAAGGGUCGUCCUGAAGCAAGACAUCGUCCCGAAGAUGCCAGGCUUCAUACUGAACGAAGGCUUGGAGAGGUUCGAGGACAUCACAGGACCGCUGGAGUGGGUGUACACCCAUGCGGGAAAGGAACUAAAACUCGACGCCUGUGCUUCCCCCUACCUAAAGCGAGGGCUCAACCCAAUGGGAUUCCACAGCGUAGAGACGUAUAUGCACCUUGUGGAUGGGUUCGCGAAGACAGGUUCGGGAUUCAGGGCAGAUGCAAAGAGGGAUAUCACCCUCGUGAACAAGGCAUGUGACUUGCUGGCCGAUGAGCUGCGGAUACCACCUUGGUGGCAACAGGAGGCCAAUAAAGGACUGGUCUGUAAUGAGUAUGGGAGGUGGGUGAGACCUAGGAGGGACCCAGAAGACAUUCCCUCGCCAGCUAAAAAACAUUAGUUUCGGUUUCACAAGAACACAUCAGACAGAGAACAGAAUUCUUUGAUGUAGACUUAAUGGGAAGUGAAUAUAUUCUUUUAUGGAACAUAA